GAAGAUGCCAUUUCUGAGGGUCUUUAAUGCCUCACUUUUAGAAAAGAGGAAUCUCUUUAUUCCAGGCAUUUCAUACCUUACCGUGAGGUUGGUAAGUUAGAUUGUUCCUCUUUUUCAUUAAAACAAAGCAAAACCCAAAAAGCUCCUCCUCCGUAGGAAGAUGCCAGCUGUAAAGUAAAGCGGUAGAGGACAGAGUUGGGCACACGUUUUCUAACGGUCCUGCCGGCGGAGCUCGGCCUCUCAGACUGCGUCACCCUCUCGCCAAGAGUCCCCCAGGCAGGCGGGGGUUCCUCGCAGCCGGCUCUCCGCCCUCCCCACCUCCCCUCGCCCUCGGCCCGCUGCUCCCGCGGAACGCGUGCUCCAGUGCAGCCCUUUUUGGCACCGAGUCUUCCAGGUGCCCAGAGAGAAGGCGGAGCCGGGUUGCAGCCGCCUCUCCGGCGCCACGGAGAAGACCCCCCCCCACCGGGAGUUUGGCGGCCCCAGCGCUCCAGCUCUGCCGUCCCAAGCCUCGUCUGGCUUUCGGCGUUUCUCCCUCUCGGCGCUCGGGGCGCGAAGUCCGCAAUUGGAAAGCACAGCGCAGAGCGCAGCGCCGGGUGUACUGGCCCCGGCAACCCGGUGUUCAGCUGAGCACUCACCGAGCCCGCCUAUCCGCGGACAUCGGGACCAUGAUUGUCGAAAGACCUGGCCCGCGUGUCCGGUUGCACAGCCCUGUGUUCGGGGUCUGGGCGGCAACGCUUCUCCUGCUGGGUCUACCGCGCCUCUCCGUGCGGGCGGAUGGGAAGCUGUUUGUGCUGGAAUCUCAGAAUGGCUCUCAGGGUCUGGAACUGGAGGCCGCUCGGCUGUCCUGCAAGAGCAGGGGUGCUCACCUGGUGUCUGCUGAAGAGCUGCGGAGGGUGGUCCAGGACUGUGCCUUCGCUGUGUGUACUACAGGCUGGCUGGCAGACGGCACCCUUGGGACAACCGUGUGUAGCAAAGGGAGUGGUGAACAGCCGAUCGUAAGAGCUGUCGAUGUGAGAGUUGAAAGCAACCCAGUUCCUGGUGGCAUGUACAAUGCCCUUUGUAUUAAGGAUGAAGAGAAGCCGUGUGGAGACCCACCUUCGUUUCCGCACACCAUCCUGCAGGGCCUCAGUGGCGUGGAGAUGGGGGAUGAGGUGCUGUACGUGUGCGCCCCCGGCCACAUCACGGGCCAUCGGGAAACCGCCUUCACCUUGCUCUGUAACAGCUGUGGGGAGUGGUAUGGCCUGGUGCAGGCCUGUGGGAAAGAUGAGGCUGAGGCACAUAUUGACUAUGAAGAUAACUUCCCUGAUGACAGAUCCGUGUCAUUCAGAGAGCUCAUGGAGGAUUCCCGGACAGAGGCGGAAGAGGACAGGGGUCAGGAAGAAGCCUCUGAGGAGGCUCCCAAACAGGACCAUCUGCUCUCCAUUUCCCUGGGGAGAGAAGGCACAGCCCAGGAUGAAGCCUUCGUGCCGACCACAGGUUUGCCCGGUGCCAGCAGCAGCAGCCCCACAGCCUUGCCAGAAUCGCGACUAAACCAGAAGUACCUGUUCUGGUUUCCUGCUGAGACUUUCCAUAAGCCUGAGCUGGAGAAGGAGGUGGAUAAUAAUAGCAAAAAGCAGUUUCCUUCUGGAGACAACCACAGUGGCAUAAAAUCUGUCCCAGGUAAACCUGAAACCAAGGUCGUCUAUAGCAGCACUGACAGCCUCUCGGGGCCCUUUCUGGGCAGGAAUGACAGCAAGGCAGGGGGCGCAGCCGUGAGCGGCACUGAUGAGUCCUGGUUAGAUGGCUACCCGGUGACAGAUGGCACUUGGAGGAAGACAGAGGCAGAAGAGGAGGAAGAUGGGGACAAGGGGGACGGGUCAGUAGGAUUGGAAGAAACGGUGCCAGUCACCCCUGGUCAGCCCAUUCUUGUGGAAGUUAAGAAGCCCAGGAGUUCCACCCUCACGCCAGGCAAGGCCACAACCUCUGGUUCAGUUCUUCCAUCCCAAAUGCUGGAUGUGGAGGCUUUGGCUCUCAGACCCAUGAAUGUGUCUGAGGCUGAGGGUCCCCGCACUGGGGAUGGUGACUUGACCAAGUACCAGUCAACUGUGCUAUGGCAACUCACCGCAGCGGAGUCUCCCGUGGUCACCCUACCCUAUGAACUCACCAACUCUACCCUGGAGACAUUAACAACUGCUGUCCAGCAGAUGCCUAACAACAUCCCCUCAACAAUCACGGUGACCACCCAGCCUCCAGUGGAGACCACAGCUCCUGAAGUCCAGAAUAGCUUCCCAUACCUGCUGUCUGAGGACUUCUUGGGACAGGAAGGCCCCGGCCCAGGUGCAAAUGAGGAGCCUUUUCCAACCUUGGGGCCAUGUGGGGGGGGCCAAUGUCCCAGCCUCAGUAGAGGCCCCAUGAUCGCCACUGUUGUCACUGUCACUGUCCUGCUACUGCUGCUCGCAGGUGUUGGGGCCGUGUGGGGUUACCGCAAGUGCCAGCACAAGAGCUCUGUAUACAAGCUGAAUGUUGGUCAGCGGCAGGCUCGGCACUACCACCAGCAGAUUGAGAUGGAGAAGGUCUAGCCCCCUACAAGGUGGGCUGUCCCAGAGCCACUUAGGAGGAAAAUUAACAGUGACACAUCACACUGAUGAACACUGAUAAUUCGCAAGAGCAUGACGCAGGUAGAGUGGAGUUCACCAGUUCUGUAGGCUGAGAAGUGUCUCUGGAGCGACAUGGCAGGGCAGGAAGGCUUUGGUGGCAUCCUCACACACGUCAGUAUCUCCUCAACUAUCUGUCCUGGAAUUCACUGCACUAAUUCCAGACCUGUGCUUCGGCCUCAACUCCAGCGUGAGGUCAAAAACCACCUCCUAUGUCCUCAUACUAUUAUCUUCUUUUCUCUUUUUUAAAAAUAAAAUCAUUGGCUUCGUACCCUGACAUUGUUCCACGAGGCGUGAUAAGGUGAGCGCUUGAGAGCAGUGUUAUUUAGGACACAGGUACUUUACUGUUGAGGUGGGAUAUGGAAGAAUCAUAGGCCUCUUCCUUUUAAUGUUAUGACGUUGCCGAGGGCAAAUGAACCAAGAACCAAGACAUAGUCUAGGCCAGGGGUCCUCAAACUAUGGCCCGUGGGCCACAUGCGGCGGUGUGAAUUGUAUUUGUUCCCAUUUUGUUUUUUACUUCAAAAUAAGAUAUGUGCAGUGUGCAUAGGAAUUUGUUCAUAGUUUUUUUUUUUUAAACUAUAGUCCGGCCUUCCAACAGUCUGAGGAACAGUGAAUUGGCCCCCUGUUUAAAAAGUUUGAGGACACCUGGUCUAGGCUCUAGAAACUUUGAGGUUCCUUUUUAAUUGUUUCUUGAAAUUGGAGAAAAUGUAAGACUGGCAUUUUGUUGGGGGGAGGUGAAGAGACGCACGUCCACCUCUGUUCCCUCCAUUCUGUGGACAGCUCAUGGUUUUUUAAAAACAAAGUUAGCUUUGUACCAGUAAGUACCAUUUCCUCCCAGAAGCAGUGGCCUAGUUGUCCUUGACCAGUCUGCCUAGGAAUGUCAUGGAAUUUUUGCCAGGACCAACAAAACUCAAUCCUUGGUUUCCUCUUUCGGGAUCAGCCAUUUCUCUUAACUCCACAGAGAGGGAAUGACAUGGGAGAAAAAAAAUGUUUUAAGAGGGCCAGAGACUAGGAUAUCAAAUAUGGGUGCCACUUGAUGGAGAAGCAGAGGAACCAAAGAGUGAGGAAUGACCUGGGCUGACCUGUUCUUUGGUGUGGGUAUUGUGAGCUCUGUGGAAAGAGUCCAUCCUGACUACUGGGCAACCAUUUCAUCUAAGGGUAGCCCAGCAAGUAUUGUUUAUGACAGUGACUCUCCAGUAUAGUCCCCAGACCAGCAGCAUCCACAUCGCCUGGGAACUUGUUGGAGAUGCACCUUCCAUGUUCCCAGACUCAGAAAACAGAAACCCUGGGAGUGGGGCUCCUAUCUCUGUUUUAACAAGCCCUCAACUGACUCUGAUGCACACUUAAGUUUGAGAGCCAUUGGUUUAUGACAAACUGUGAGCUCUGAGAUUAGCCAAAGCCCUAGAGGUACAGAAAAUGAUAACACCUGUGAUUUGUCUCACAUGGAAGUCAGCCAUGGCUGCCUGCACCUGAGGUGGCAUUUGACGCCGCCAAAAUGCCAUCUGCAGUGGUCUCCUGUGAGUUGGCACAGACACUAAACAUGUUGUAUUUUUCUAGUAUGAUUCACCUUCUUGGAAAUAGUUAUCAGUAGCAAAAGUGAUAAAAACAAUACAUUUAUUUUGAGACACUAUAGAAGUCUUAAGUGUCUUUGUGUGUCAUGAGAGAAAUCCUGACCCUUUCUGCAACUGAGAAAUUGUUAGUGGUGUUUUCUCUAAAGAAAAAAGUAAUUCUCACAACAUAUUUUUUCCCUGCCACCUCUUUUCAAUGCAAGCUUUGGAAAAAUAAUAGGCCAAGUAGCCAUAAAGACAGCAUAAUCAAGCUCUUAGUCUCCAUAAUUGGGUAAAAUAAAGGCCUGGAGGUACCAACUGGAAGGCGUAGGCAUCAGAUGGAGUCAAGUACAGUUGGAAUAAAAUGCUCUCUGCGUGUUGCCAAAGCAAAACACAACAAAUAAAAGCCAGAGAGCGUAUAUAAUUAUAAAUUAGAUUCUAAUCUAUUACAAGACAAUUUUUCUAUUUUUAACUAUACAAAAUAAUCUCUGCCUCAACAUUUGGAUUGUUAGCAACUGUUAUUAUGUAAUAACCCAGAACAUUGAAUUUACACCAUUAAAUAAACAGGUAAUAUUAAUGUGAAUAUAUUAAUAAACACAUUACAAAUUUUUAAUACAUGUAAAUAAUUUGUAGGCAUGGACUGUGAAAUAAACCCAACACAUCAGUUUUUUAAGUUUUGUUGGUUUGCUGUUAUCUAAAUUGAUGUUAUACAAUCUAAAAAUGCAUGUUGGAAGGGAUUGAUGUAAAAUGCUGUAAACCUAAAUUGUAUGGCAUUAUACGUUAUGUUUUCAGACUGGUAAAUGUUUAAUGUUCAUCAUAACUGGGAGGUGGAGUGGGGUGUUCUAUUAACACAAAGCUUCUGAGAGGCUUAAAAUAAAUAAUUAUUUCCCCAAA